AUGAAAAGCAAGGCUACCUCGUCUGCCCUCAGCUCGUACAAUGAUACGGCCUAUCCGUACAAUCUCGGCACGUUCUAUCGCGCCGUGAGUACGACGAGCCAGGAAGCUCAGAUCUGGUUCAGCCGCGGCCUGAUUUGGGCAUACGCCUUCAACCAUGAGGAGUCUGCGAGAUGCUUCCGAAAAGUCAUUGAAAAUGACCCGUUCUGCGCCAUGGCUUACUGGGGACUCGCUUUUGUCCUUGGGCCCAACUACAACAAACCUUGGAAGGUCUUUGACGGAGAGGAUCUUGCCACAACCACCAAACGCGCGCAUCAUACCAUCAUGCAGGCAAAGAGCUACUCAUCCAAGGCUGCGCCGGUCGAGAUUGCUCUCAUCAAUGCUCUUUCUUGUCGUUACCCGCAGGAGAAUCCAGCGGAAGAUUGCUCCAAGUGGGACCAGGAUUACGCCCAAGCCAUGGACUCGGUCCUGCAAGCAUAUCCCGAUGACCUUGACGUGGUUGCCAUAUGGACAGAUGCCACGAUGAACGUCACGCCUUGGAAUUUAUGGGAUUACAGGACCGGGAAGCCGACGCCAGGCGCCAGGACUCUGGAGAUCAAGGACGUAAUGGACCGCACUUUCAGGCUGAGAGGCUCUCUGCAACAUCCCGGUCUUGUUCACUUGUACAUCCACCUCAUGGAAAUGUCACCAAAUCCGGAAGCCGCUCUCACUAUCGCUGAUAAUCUUCGCGGACUUGUCCCAGACGCGGGACAUCUCGAGCAUAUGCCUUCGCAUUUGGACAUUAUUUGCGGCGAGUACCGUCGCGCCAUUGCCUCCAACUCUGACGCCAUCCGUGCGGACUCCAAAUUUCUCGCCCGAGAGGGUCCACUCAACUUCUACACCUUAUAUCGGUCUCACGACUAUCACUUCAGGCUCUAUGCCGCCAUGCUGUGCGGCCAGUCCCAGGUGGCUCUCAAGACGGUGGAAGAGCUCGAGUCAACCAUUUCCGAAGACCUCCUUCGAGUCGAAUCUCCCCCAAUGGCAGACUGGCUCGAGGGCUUCCUCGGUAUGAGAGUGCACGCCCUCAUUCGCUUCGGCCGCUGGGAUGCUAUCCACGCCCUUGAACUCCCGCGGGACCCCAAGCUGUACUGCUCAACCACGGCGAUGACCCACUACGCCAAGGGUAUCGCCUUUGCCGUGCAGGGUAGAAUAGAAGAGGCACAACAGCAGCGCGAACUCUUUGCGGAGGCAGUGAAACUUGUGCCAGUGUCCCGCGCGGUCUUUAACAAUACUUGUCAAGAGAUCCUCUCCAUCGCCGCGGCCAUGUUGGAUGGUGAGCUGGCAUACCGAAAGAAGGAGUACGACAUCGCUUUCGCACAUCUGCGCAAGGCCGUGGAGAGAGACGAUGCGUUGCUCUACAAUGAACCUUGGGGCUGGAUGCAGCCAGCACGACACGCUCUCGGCGCACUAUUGCUGGAGCAGGGUCGAGUCGAGGAGGCGGCGGCUGUAUAUAGUGCAGACCUCGGGAUCGACGGCAGUCUGCCGAGGGCCCAGCAGCACCCCAACAACGUAUGGGGGCUGCACGGUUUCUACGAAUGUCUGGUGAAGUUGGGGCGGAAUGAAGAGGCCAAGAUCCUCAAGCCGCCGCUGCAAAUGGCGUUGGCCGUGGCGGACGUCCCCGUCAAGUCUUCGUGCUUCUGUCGCUUGAAGACGGUCGAUUGA